AGGUUGCUCAAGUUCGGCUUGGCAGCAUUUACGAUGGCUCCCUCUCAUGUCUACGCCAGCCGAGCUGGUAGGCUCUUGGGCGAGCUGUCGCUUACGCAGAAGCCACUGGCGGAGCAUUCCAGCUUGGGCCAGCUGUCAGUUCCACGGAAGCCAGUGGCAGAGCUUGGGGACGACAGCGUUCCAGGUCCAGGAAAAGUGGCCAAGGUUGAAGAGCGGACAAACCGCAGUUUGAUCUCUCCGAGGGCAACGUUUUACGAGAAGCGCGGUGCAGAUUUUGUUGAUCUGCCCAGAAAGCCGGACCGCCUAACCCACGACCACUACUUGAAAGAGGUGGACCAAUUCCUGAAGGAAGUUCACCAAGCUCCGAGAAGGCUGGAGCAGAGCAUUGAAUCAAGGCGACGGUACGCAUUUGGCCAUGAUCACUGACGAGUUUCACCCAGGCAGUCAGCACGAGUCGUCAUGCGAGUGCUGAGGUGAGCACUCGUUUGGGGGAACAAACGAGCACUGUGAUCAAACUUGAGCUUGCAAGCACCGCAUGAGAUGGCUCAGCGCACGCUCGCAGAUGACGAGCGUGCUAUGCUGCGAACGACUGACGCGGAGAUGAACAACACAAACCCCCA